UCCCAUCCACCUGUGUCUGCCAAGUUUCAGCAUCUCCAUCCAGGAUCUGAAUAAGACUCACAGCUCAGUCAAUCAAUGCUGUGUGUGCAUCAAACCUGCUGAGGAAGUGUUAAGGCUGUGUGUAAGCGGCUCCAGUCCUGUCCUGCAGCAGGAGAAAAACAGAUUUGCUUUUCAAUCACACACAGAGAUAUAAGUAUACAUUAGCAGCAACAACUAAUCACAGCCCUAAAGCAACAUUACCUACUGUGCAUAUAGCUCUGAGGCUGUAGAAGCUCUGUGCUCAGCCAGCAGUGAUGCACUUCUGUUGCAGAUGAGAAGCUGGAAUAGCAUUGCUUGGCAAGCACCCCAUAUCUUAUCUACUUUUAUCUACAGUGAUAGGAAGAAGGGGAUCUUGUGGGAUUGAUUUUUCUUCUUAUUUAAGUUCCUGUCCAGAUACAAUUUGUCAGUGAAGUCUGCAUGCAGGUUCUAGUCAAGAGAUAUACAGCACUAACCUCAAAGAUGGGCAUAGUAUAUUUAGCAACAUAAAAGGGCUCAGUGUGCAGGAAGAGGGGAAUUGCAGAAGUAUCUGACAGGUGGGCUGCUACAACUACAGAAGGAACAAUUCUACUGGUAUUUUACAGAGAUUGUGGCAGUGCAAACUUACUGGGGCACUCUCCAAAUGCCAAGUUUCACCAGAAAUGGGAACACAUGAAUUUCAAGAGCUGCAAAUACAGUGCCAGAUAUGUUCCUGAAUACGAUGUUCUUGCUGUCUUAAAGAAGCUUUUCUUACAGUUUCAAAAUGGAUACUAUCUCCUUCCCACUCGCUACAUUAUUGGAAUUGGAGGCUAGAUUUCUCAACCUCACGUUGUUUAAAAACUUUACAGGAAAUGAGACCAUGGUCGAGACUUCUAUAUCGGGAAUGAGCAGCGUCCUGAUUACUUUUAUCUACCUGCUGGUAUGCGCCAUUGGACUCAGUGGUAACACCUUGGUAAUCUACGUAGUACUUCGUUAUGCAAAGAUGAAGACGGUGACCAACAUUUAUAUUCUGAAUUUGGCUGUUGCUGAUGUUCUUUUUAUGCUGGGUUUGCCUUUCAUUGCCACCCAAAAUGCUAUAUCUUAUUGGCCAUUUGGUAGUUUUCUCUGCAGACUGGUGAUGACAGUGGAUGGUAUCAACCAAUUCACCAGCAUUUUCUGUCUCACCGUAAUGAGUAUUGAUCGUUAUUUGGCUGUGGUUCACCCAAUCAAGUCAACCAAGUGGAGGAGACCAAGGGUUGCAAAACUUAUCAGUGCCACCGUUUGGACUGUUUCAUUUCUGGUUGUACUUCCAGUUAUUAUUUUUUCAGAUGUUCAGAAAGAUCUACAUACCUGCAACAUCAAUUGGCCAGACCCAAUAAAUAUUUGGUCUGCAGCAUUCAUUAUCUACACUUCCGUAUUGGGUUUCUUUGGACCUCUUCUUGUGAUUGUCCUCUGCUACCUUUUAAUUGUCAUCAAAGUGAAGUCAUCUGGUCUUCGAGUUGGCUCCACCAGACGAAGACGAUCAGAAAGAAAGGUUACAAGAAUGGUUGUGAUUAUAGUGGCUGUGUUUGUGUUUUGUUGGCUGCCAUUUUAUAUUACUAACAUUGUAAACUUAGCCUUCAUAUUGCCUGAAGAACCAGCAUUUGCUGGUUUUUAUUUCUUUGUGGUUAUCCUUUCUUAUGCCAACAGUUGUGCCAACCCUAUCCUGUAUGGGUUCCUCUCUGACAAUUUCAAGCAGAGUUUCCAGAAAGUUUUGUGCCUUCGCAAGAGUAAUGGCAUUAAAGAUGCCGAUUUGACAGAGAAUAGGCAAGAGAAGAGCAGCCGUGUUCAAGAAACCAUGUUAGCUACAAGGAAUUCGGACUUUAAUGGACACAUGCAAACAAGCAAGGUUUGAGAUAUUACCCUCUCACUUCAGAGAGAAAUAAAUGGAGAGCACUCAAGGGAAAUACAUGUCUAUCAUAAAAAUAUAAAUGAGGAUUUUUGUAUGCUGAAGGAAAUAUGGAUACAAUCUAUUUACAGAUGAAAGUGUUUAUAUAUAUUAUUUGUAUAUUAUUCCAAGAAACACUGACAACUGAAUGUACAUAUAUAUCACAUAUGGGCUCAUAUUUCAAUCUGCAGUUGCUCAAUGCUCAUUAACAUCCUAUGUGGCUAUCUAUGCAUUUUUAUUAAUACUUAGUGAACAAUAUUUUAAAUGACAGUUUUGUGUAGUUCCCUGUGUUUACAGUUAAAGUUCUGAAAUAUUUCAUUCAUUGUCAGGUACAAAAUUCUGUGAAAUCCAAUUCAAUAAUUUGACAUUCUUACAUAUUUCAAAACUAAAAUGUGAUGCAUAAAAUAUUUUUCAUGCCAGGUUCCACAAUUGUGUAAAACGCUAAUGUGUUGAAUGGCUAUAAAACUUACACAUUUGGAUGUUUUAAAUGUUACAAAAAAAACUGAAAAUGAGUUGAACUUUUGCAGCACACAACAUAGCUCCAGUCUACUUCAGUUUAAUUAAGUUGUUUUCUAGCCAAUCAGAAAGCAGAUAUACAAUUUCAAUGGAAUGGAGAACACAAGCUCACGGAGUGAGGCUGGAGGAGGGGUUGAAUAAUAAUUGCAGAGAGGUGCUUGUACUUUGGAUAGUUAAAAACAGUUAUUUUUAUGGUUUUAUGUGAUAUUUAAAAUUAGCUCAUUUUAAAAUAUGUUAUUAAACAUUUAGGAUGUAAAGCAUAUCAGCUGGAUGAGCAUCAUGGGAAAUGUAGUUCCAAAACCUCUGGAGAGCCAAGUUUGAAGAUGUCUGACGCAAAGGGACACUGUACUGUAAUAUUAAUUUCUACUUAAUGUGAUUCCAAUGACUUAGGUAUAUUAAAAUGUUUACAAAUAGCUUUUACCUUUUUUUGGUCUUUUAAAAUAGCUGCUUUUGCCUUCUGAAACCACCACUUACCUGUAUAUGGAAAAAUACACCUACUGCAGUAUUCUCUAUAAAAAAAAAGCUAUGUAAACAAGUGAGUUUUGGGGGAAAGAGAUAGUUCAACUUUAAAGAAUGUUUCUGCAACAGCUUGGAAACCUUAUUAGCUGUUUGCCUGAGUUCAUUGUCCCUUUAAACAUAUUUAAUACAAAAAUGAUAGAAAAUGUUUGUGUGCAAUGUCCCUUUAAUGAAGGAAACUAAAAAAAAGUUAUUAUUAUUAUUAUUCUUUAUUUUUAAAGCACCAACAGAUUCUGCAGCGCUGUCCAUGGGUAACAAAGGUAAAAGGACAGUACAAUAUGAGACACCAGACAAAAUUUAACAAACAAAUACAGGGGGAAUUGGGAGCCCUGUUCAUUAGUUAUACAUUUAUUAUUUAUUUUCUCUGCUUUUGCAGUAAAAAAAAGAUGUGUCUGAGGAAGAAAAAGAAUAAAAUGUAGCCUUUAUUAUUGAUAAUGAAAUGUAGGCUUGUUCAUUUGUUUUGUUAUGAAUGUGAAUUCAUUAUGAAAGCAGGAUAUUUAUUUUGUUUUCAUGAAACAAAUAUCCAAAAGAAUGCACCGCACCGAUUAAAUUGAAAGAAAAUAAAGAAAUACUGAUUAAAUUAAUCAGUAUUCAUAUAUUUUCUUUUAAAUUACCUUUAGGGGUUUAUUACUUGCCUCUAGCACGCUGGAGUGCCGCGCUAAUCCCAACACUUCUGCACAGCGCCCCAGGCUGUGAUAAAAGGUUUUUUUUGGGUGGCGGAUCCCAGAGUCUGUGUUGAAAGGGAAGGUCCUUUAGCACAUACCCUGGGAUCUGCCUUGCUAAGCCUGCUAUUAGAGUGCCCUGGGGCUCUAUGAUAAGGGCCAGAAUUAGCGCAGCUCUCCAGCUCGCUAGAGGUAAGUAAAAGGCUACAGGUGAACUUUUUCACCUGUAGCAAAGCAAGAAUUUUAUUAAACAAAUGUAAAAGUUCCACAAAUAUCCAGUAUGCAUACCGUUUAAAACUAAACUCGGCUAGAAGUAAUCGUUUUGCUUGCGUCUGGAUAAGCUGAAAGUAAAAUGUUUUUGCUCGUAUUGUAACCCAAUGCACGUAAAAAGCUGAACAUCGCUAGGGAGACCAUAUUGCUAGGGUGACCAUAUUGCCGCUUUAAAAAAGGACACAUAUGAAAAAUACAUAUGUCAGCGCUGUUUAAAGAAAUGUUUUGUAUAAGAACCCUGACAUGUGUAUUUUUCAUAUGUGUACCUUUUUAAAGCGGCAAUAUGGUCAGCCUAAGUAUCGCGCGUGUCAUAACGUAUUCCCCCGUAGAAGUCAAGGGAGAAAAAAAAAGUGUAAAAAAAAACCCCCCUAACACCACACUCAUGCACAAACCCGAUCACACAAUCUCAAGUGUGCUAAUUUGACAUGAAAAUAUGAAUAUUUCACAUUCCAAUGUUCUUCAUAUAGAAGAAUAUGUUCUAUUUCUUCCUAAAUAAUUAUUUCUGCACAUAUAUGAUGUUUUUCCCCCACAAAUAUAUAUAUAUAUGAUUAAAUAUAAGUAUUGAUAUAUACAGAUAUAUAUAGGAAUAUCUAUUUAUAAAUAGUUAGAACAUAUUCCAUUUAUUAAAUAUGAAUAUUGCGUAAAUAUGCUUUUACAGGUUUUCAGCUACUUAA